AUUUUAACUCAGUGUCUUAUCAGACGUAGUACUGAGUGUUCUUGUUAUGGUGAUAAUAAAAAUGCUUAAAUAUUACGUAUUUGUGUUCUUAGUGGACUUAAUAUGUACGGUGACUUGUAGUUCUGUUACAGAUUCUUCUCCAAAAAUAAUUAUUGACAACGAUGCAGGCGGUGAUGAUGCGAUGGCAAUAUUUCUGGCACUCUUAUAUGAAAAGCACUUUCAUGGGCCUAAACUAAUUGGUUUAACAACUGGAAAUGGUAACACAAAUGAAAACAACGUAUGUACAAAUAAUCAACGAAUACUAAAAGUCGCUAAAAGACAGGACGUUCCUAUAUACAGAGGUUCAAAAUCUUCGCUUGUGACGACGCCUGAUGCUGGGGAAUAUUACGGAAAAGAUGGUUUGGGUGAUAUAGGUGAAGUAUUAUCGGACCUUAUACCUGCUAAGGAGCAAGAUGCAAUCUCAGCACUCAUUGAAUUAUCCAAGACUUAUGAAGGUCAACUAACAAUUAUUACAUUAGGUGCACUCACCAACGUUGCAUUGGCUAUUAAGCUGGACCCCAACUUUCUUAAGCGAUUAUCACAUUUGUACAUUGGAGCUGGACACAUACAUAGUGAAGAUAUAUCAAAUGCAGAGUUCAAUGCACACAUGGACGUGGAAGCAUAUCACGUUAUUGCCCAACACGCAACACCAGAUAAAGUGACAAUAUUUCCGUUCUCCCAAACGAAGCGCUAUUUGAAUUUUUCAAAGACUUGGAGAGAAGAAGUAUUGGGAGCAAUCAAUACUGAUAUCAUGAAAGCACAAAAUUUGUAUGAAAAGAUCUCUUUGAGAAGAGGAGAUAGAUGGGAAGCCCUCGACCCUGCAACAGUCGCCAUAGCCAUUAAACCUGAUUUAGUGGAUGAAUACAAGUUCUCUAAAAACGACAUUAUAUUAUGUGGUGAUAACAGAGGUAUUAAUACAAAUACCUUCGUGGAAAAAGAAAAGGCCAACGUAAGAAUAGCUUAUUCCGUGAAGACUGAAGAAUAUAGAAAAUUUUUAUUAGAAAUAUUUGCUCUCGAAUAAUAAUAUUUAUAAAACAUUUAAUUGUGAUAGUGUGACAAACAAAAAUAAAUAUACGAUAUUAAUUUCAAUUCUUGGCUUUGUGGUGUGCCAGAAAGGCACGAAUUAAAAUUAUCUUAAUUGAUGAUUAUGAGCUUUUUAGGCAAGCUUAAUAUUUUUUUAUGUACUUAAUUAUUAUUAAUAAUUCAUUUCGUGUUAGACGGUAAUAUGAGGUAGAAAAUAACGCGAGGAAACCUGCACGUUUCGAAUAAAAACGUUCCAAGUAUAUACCAACCCACAUUAAAGUAAAAUGCUAAAAUACAUAAUAUAAGAGAUCCGAAUAUCUCCUCAAGAAAGGCUUUAAAGAGGCAAUGGGUACUUUAAGUAUCAAGAAAAACUUAACAAUAAUCGCCAUAAAUGUUUUUUUUAAUAUAACACUUUUGUAUGUCUAAGCUCAAAAUCAUGGAAUAACAGUUUUAUUAUUUA